AAUAGGUCAGAAGCCCGAGGGGGCUGAGGAGUGCUACCUCUGGAGCCCAUCAGCACAUCUGUUGAGAUGGAAGCCUCAGAUGCGCAGGGGGGUGAAGGGGACCAGCCACUAGAGAAGGGGACAGAUGCACCCUGCUUAGAGGGGAGCUCCAGCACCAUCCCUGCCAGAGACUCACUUGUGUGCCAGGCCAAGGGCCUGGGCCAGGACACCUUCAAAAUUUGUAAAGAAUAUCUAAGGCCGCUGAAGAAGUUCCUGCGAAAGUUGCACCUGCCCAGGGACCUUCCCCAGAAGAAGAAGCUAAAGUACAUGAAGCAGAGCCUGGUGGUCCUAGGGGACCACAUCAACACCUUUCUGCAGCACCACUGCCAAGCCUGGGAAAUCAAGCACUGGAGGAAGAUGCUCUGGCGAUUUGUCUCCCUCUUCUCGGAACUGGAGGCGAAGCAGCUUCACAGGCUCUACAAGUAUACCAAGAACAACCAGACGGCCAAGUGCCCGGUGAAGUUCCUCCAGGGUCCAGCCGAGGGUUCUUUAAGGAAACUUCCUCAAAAACCAAAACUCAAGAGAAAGAGGAUUAAGGAAGCCCCAGAAACUCCAGAGACCUGCCCAUAA